UUCGUGUCAGAGAGGAAAGUCCCUGGUGAUGGGCCUGGGGCCCUGUUGUUGGUCUUCAUGCUGGGUCCGGGUCUGACCCCACCAGCCCUGACUCAGGAUGACUCCAGGUACAAACGCUUCCUGACCCAGCACUAUGAUGCCAAACCAAGGGGCCGGAAUGCCAGAUGCUGUGAAAGCAUGAUGGAGAGACGAGGCCUGACCACCCCCUGCAAAGACAUCAACACCUUUAUUCAUGGCAACAAGGGCAGCAUUAAGGCUAUCUGUGGAAAUAAGAAUGGAAACCCUUAUGGAGAUGCUUUAAGACUAAGCAAGUCUCCUUUCCAGGUCACCACCUGCAGGCAUGUAGGAGGGUCCCCUCGGCCUCCUUGCCUGUACAGAGCUACCCCAGGGUUCAGACACGUUGUUGUUGCCUGUGAACACGGCUUGCCUGUCCACUUUGAUGAGUCCUUUUUCCGUCCAUAACCAGAGGCCACAGCUGGCUUUGCUCUCCUUUUCUUGCAUUUCCCUCCACAUCCCAGAACGGCAACACUUAUGGCCAGGGGCCCAGAGAAUGAGCUGCCUGGAUCUCUUGUUUUCCAUUUUACAACACGUCUAAUAAAUAAAAGUGUCUCUGAAAUCAGUAAGAAUCAAAGUCUUCCCACUAAUUAUUGGCCUAUUAAUCUUACCCCAUUUUCUCGAUUCAACUGCUCCCUGAGAGGAUUGGAAAGAAUAGGAAUGCCCUUUUCCUUAUCGGUCUGUUCCUUAUCAGUCAGUAAGGAGGUGGACUUUAGCUUUCUGUAAAGGUAAGGUGAUUAGAUUCAUGUUACAGAGAGAACUAGGAAAAUUCCAGGGCUCCUGGCAACUAAACAGAAUUUUCAGAAGGGGCAAAUAAUAAGCCAAUAUUACUUUUACAAAUAUUAAACCUUGAGGAGAACCGUUUAGGACUAAAUACGAACAGACUCAUUCCACUUUCUCUCUUUCACACACAUGUGUGUGAAUGCCAAGGGGCAGCCACCUCUCGUCUUAAGCAGGAGGUAAUUUUUUGAUGUUGCUUUGAAUGGAAUGUUCCUAGGGUAUUCUCAUGGCUAUUUUAUAUAAGGAUCAAAAAGUGAUUAUUUUAUUAUUUACUUAUUUAUUCAUUAUUACAUUAUUUUUUCCUUAAUCUCUUACUUUAUUGACCAAGGUCUGGCUACUUUGAGAUCUUAGGGAAGUCAUAGAAAGAUUCCAAACAUUAUCCCUUAUACUUCUUCAACUAGAUUUGGUUUUCAAGUAAACAUACACUUAGGUUGACGACACUCUCUUUGUAAAAUAUACUAAUCGAUCCACCGGUUAAGUGAUUAACUUCCUAUUAACUUAAUUCCUAUCAACUGGUGCCUCAAUAUUUUAUUUGGAAAGUAGUUAAUAAGUUACAGUUACAAGUCACAGUUUUGCUAUCUUGUGAAUAUGUAACUAUUGUGGUCACAGUAUUCCCAACGGUGGCCUCCCCUGCUGCCCACAUUGCCCUGAAAUGGGCCCAAAACCCUAGUUGCUCAAUACUCAGGUUAUAGACCAGUAUCUAAGUGCCACCCAGGAGAGCCCGGCCUUGCUGAAAAUAUUCAGAUUUGGGGAAGAAGUGAUGGAGGAGUAGGUUUACUAGUGGACACUCAGCCCAUGAAUCUGUCAAAGAAACACUUUGAGUUUCUAUUUCAAAAUUGAAAACACUGUCUGUAGUUAGGGAGAAGAGUUUUCCAAACCUCUCUUAUUAGAAAAUUUGCUUGUUAUAAAAUCUCAAAAACCCCUUAAGGAAUAAGAAAACUCCAGUUUUUGGUAGAAUAUUGGGACCCUUCCUCAGGUUCUCCAACCAGUACCAUCUCCCUGAUAUGAAGUGAAGUGACUUCCAUACAGAUCAUUGCCCCACUCAAGCUCUUGAUAGAGAAGGUCAAAGGUCUGGACCGUUAUUACAUUGACCACACCAUAUUUAUGAAAACUGAUGUCUUCUCCAAACAUCUGCUUAGAGCAUUAAUCAUUGCAUACUCUGCUCUGGUGUUAAGGCAAAUGACCGUUUCCUGGGAAAUCGCAUGGCAGUGGGAUGGGGGUGCUUCCUGUCCUGCUGAUGGAGCUAACAGCUAUGGAGCCAGUCCUAGUACUUUUUGCUCUGGGUAUCUUCUUCUCUCACCGUCAAAAGCUAUUUAGAAUGAAAUAUCAAGUCACAGGCAGGUCAUUUUAUCUCGAGUGAAUCAUUUGAGGAAUUGAAGUGCUGGUCGGCUGUACUUUAUUGACUUUGCAAGGAAAAGAGAAGAAAAACCUCAAAAAUGUCAAAUCCUUCGAGGAAUGGUGGCAUUCAAGGAAGAAAAUUCCAUGCAACUUGGAGAGAACAAAUUUCUCUAGAGACACAGCAGAAAUUCUAGUA